AAUCGUGAGUUAGGUAUAGAAAGAAUAAACCAAUAUCAAACUUUAGAAUCCUGAUAUAUGAAUCGUUAAAUACAAACGACAUAAACUGGUUUUACUAUUUAGAAGUCUGAUUAUAGGAGUUAUAUGAUUCAGUGCUUUAUCAAACUGAUAGCACAUACUUGUGAUUUCUUAAGAGAAAGUCAUUCUAAAUAAAAAAAAAUCUGAAAAAAUUGACGCGUCCUAAACCUUGACGAAACUAGAUUCAAUUUAGUUCAUAUAGGUGUCACAAGGAUCAGCAAAAGGAUACAACCGAUAAAACCAAACGGUUUUCUAUUUGGUGCUUAAAGUUGUAUUGAAGUUCAUAUUUUCCAGUACACAGAAAAUCAUGCCUCCCACUCGAGAACUUGUUGACCAACUCAUUGCUUCCGAUGUGGUGGUAAUAUUUUCCAAGACAUAUUGCCCCUACUGUACAAUGGCCAAAGAGGUGUUUGAUAAGUUAAAGAAGACAUACACUGCCAUUGAGUUAGACAAAAGAGAAGAUGGUGAUGAAAUUCAAGCUAUACUUGGAGAGAUGACAGGAGCACGAAGCGUUCCAAGAGUCUUUGUCAAAGGGGAAUGCCUUGGUGGAGGCACUGAUGUUAAAGCACUUUAUAAGAGCGGAGAGUUGGAAAAGAAAUUUUAACUCGUGUUGGCAUAAUAAUCCUUCUAAAAUUAUGCAUAAUGAAUUUAACUAUCACCAGAUAGAAAAUCAUGUUUUUUAAAAAUGAAAUAAAUAAUUACUAUGA